AGCGGAGCCGGCCUCCGGGCGACCCGCCCGCGGCCCGCGGCCGGGCGGCCGACGGGGCGGCGGCCGAUGCCCCCGCCUGGCGCCGCGGGCCCGCGCCUAGGCGCGAAGCUGCCCAUAGAGGAUGACAUCCGGGACACCGUCGGGGAGGCAGCCUCGGGCAAGCUGCGGGCCCUGAAGGUGGUGGUGGACAGCAGGCGGCCCAGGCUGGUGCUGAGGGAGACCGUGGCCGAGCAUGGCAGCUUCGUAGAGGACUUUGGCGCCAUCUGCGCGCUGCUUGAGGCCACCGUGCCCUGCAUCGUCCUCGUGCGCCUGCAGGGCGUCGACAGCAUCGCGCCCGCGCCGGGCGACCGCGAUUGGGUGCUGAUGGCGUGGACCCCAGAGGA